CUUUACUCACUACGACCACCUCGCACCACCAUGCCUGCUAUCAAGCGGCGCGCAGCGUCGCCUGCAAUUGACGGGCGCGGCUCACCACCGAGUCCCAAGCGCGCACGUACCGAAGAGGACGAAGCAGAACGCCAACGCGGGAAGAACAAGGGGAAGGCGCGCCAGGAAGAAGGCGAAGACGACCUUGAUGAAGAAGAGACCCCCGAGCAGGAGGCACCUGAUCAGGAUGAGGAGAAGAAGUUUGAGGAGGAGAAUGAGGAGAUCAUCCGAGAGAGGAUCAUGAACAAGGGCAAGACCCAGGGCGGCGUCGCGGAGAUGGGUAUCAUCGAGUCGCUCGAGAUGCACAACUUCAUGUGUCACAAGUACCUCACGUUCACGUUUGGCCCGCAAAUCAACUUCAUUAUCGGCCACAACGGGAGUGGCAAGAGUGCUGUUCUGUCCGCGCUCACUGUAGCCUUGGGAGGCAAGGCCACGUCGACUGGCCGUGGGAACGGUUUGAAGUCGUUCAUCCGCGAGGGACAACAAGUCUCGGAAGUCUCCGUCGUCCUGAAGAACCAGGGCGAGGAAGCUUACCGGCCCAACGAGUACGGCAAGAGCAUCGUGAUCACCCGCCGCUUCACGAAAGAGGGCUCCUCGUCGUACAAGAUCAAGAGCAAGGAUGGCCGAGUCGUCUCGACGAAACGCGAGGAACUGUCCACCAUCUGCGACCAUAUGAACAUCCAAGUCGACAACCCGAUGAAUAUUCUUACUCAAGAUGCCGCGCGGCAAUUCCUGAGCGCAUCGCAGCCCGCGGACAAGUAUAAGUUCUUUUUGCGGGGCACGCAGCUCUCCCAGCUUUCCGAGGAGUACCAGACCUGCCUCGAGGCCAUCCAGUCCAUGCAGAAGACUGUCAAGCGCAAGUCGGAGGGCUUGCCCGACCUCGAGGAGGCACUCGAGGAGGCGACGUCUCGCUUCGAGGAAGCCCAGAAGGCGCGCGAGCAGCGCCACAAGGCGGACGACCUCAAGCAAGAGUUGGCAUGGGCGCACGUCGCGUCGAAGGAAGAGGAACUCGGCAAGCGCAUGGAGGAGGCCGCACGCUUGGCGAGGCGACUUCCCAGGAUCCAGGAGGACCUCAGGGCCGCGCAGGCCAAGGUCGAAGAAGAGUCUGACAAGGUUGCAGCGUUGGAGGCUGACCUGGAGAACAUGGGUGACGUCGAGGAGAUCCAGCAGAAGAAGAAGGUCCUGCAGGAGGAGAGUCGCGAGAACAGACAGAAGCUGUUGAAGUUGAAAAACGAGGAGAAACAGAUGAGUGCGACUGUCACGCGUUGCACGGGACUCAUCGCGGAAUACGAUGCGCAAAUCGCGGCGGAGCGCGAGAAGAUCGAGGCGCGCUCGCAGGUGAAACGCGAGGAGACGGACCGCAAGAUCGACGAAGCGCAGAACGCGUAUGACGAGGCGGAGGCGCAGCUGGCCGACUUCCGCACACGAAAGGCGGAACUCGAGCAGGAGGCGCAGACCGUGGAAAACGAGGGCAAGACUCUGAAGGCGCAGAAGGAUGAGGCGCAGCGGGAGAUAAUGAACGCGAAUGGCGCGCUACAGCAGCACCAGGAUGCGGAGAAGAACAAGCUCGCGCCUUAUGGGAACCGUAUGGACCAGGUGCUCGCGGCCAUUGAGCGCACGAACUGGUACGGAAACCGGCCGGUGGGCCCGCUGGGCUUAUAUGUCAAGGUCAAGGAGCCGAUCUGGGCGCCGUUGAUGCGUGUGCAGCUGGGGGGCCUGAUGACGGCCUUUGCCAUCACGGAUUCACGGGAUCGCGCUCAGCUAGGGCAGUUGCUGAAGCAGCACGAGAACCGCAACUCGAUCAUCAUCAGCGAGGUCGAUCUCUUUGACUACAGCCACGGCGAGCCUCCUCCGGGCAUUUUGACCGUGCUGAGGGUGCUCGAUGUCAGCGACCCGUAUGUUCUCCGGGUCAUUAUCAACUCCGCGGGCAUCGAGAGUACCUAUGUCGCACGCAGCCGUGCCGAGCUUGAUGACAUUCUCCUCCGCACCGGGCGCGGUGGACACGGCUGGUCGGCGGACCUCUAUAAUGUGCGGCGUUUCCCGGAGGGUGGUGGUUCGUCCAACCCGAUCACGAUGAUGAACGGACGCGACCCGAGGCAGCAACUGUUCGCAAGCCAGGACGCUGUUGGUGAGAAACGACGACUGGAUGAGGCGCUGCAGCAGGCAAACGAGAAUUAUCGUCGUAUCAACGAGAGGUUACAGGUAGCUCAGAUGGAAUACACUCGGCUCAAGAAGGAAAUUGGGGGCCUACAUAAUCGCGAGAACCAGUUGCAAGACAAGAGCAAGAAUCUCAAGUUCAUCCGAGACACUCUGCUCAUGGAGCGUAACGAAGAGCAGUCUAUCACCAUUUCUACGAUCGAGGAUGCAAAGGCUGGUAUGGAGGCGGAGAAGCAGAUGACUAUUGAACAGUUCAAGGUCGCGCAGCAGCAGAAGAACGAAAUCGACGCUGUGCAGCGCGUGCUCACUGAGAAGAUGAACGCCUUGCAGGCGCAGAUUGACGCGUUCGAAGGCGACAAGAGCAAGCUGCAGAAACAAAUCGAAGAGUUGUCUAUUUCCCGAUUGACGGCUCAGCAUCAGGUGCAGUACUACGAGAAGAAGCUCAAGGAAGAGGAGGAGAAUGUCAAGAAUGCACAAGAGAUCGAGGCGAACGUCCAGAAGGAGUUUGAGCAAUGGACAGAGAAAGCUCUUCAAUACUGCAAGCGGUGGCCGAACCCUCGCAACGCAGAUGAGGUGCAGCGGAGCUUAGACGCUGUGCACGCUGCUCUCCGCGAGCGAGAGAAGAGGCAAGGUGCAUCCGUCGAAGAGAUGACCAUCGAGGUGAACAAGAGGAAGGCCGCGGUUGACAGCGCCAAGCGGGAUGUCAGGCAGAUGUAUCAUCUCAUUAAGGUGCUCAAGAAGUCCAUGACACUUCGACUGAACAAGUGGCAUCACUUCCGUCGCCACAUUGCUCUGCGCUGCAAGGUCUACUUCCAGUACCACCUCUCGAACCGUGGGUACUAUGGCAAAGUUCUCUUCGAUCACGUCCUGGGAACGCUGCAACUCAAGGUGCAAACGGACGACCAGACCCAGACUCAGAACAGUCGCGAGAAGGACCCUCGAUCUCUGAGCGGGGGAGAGAAGUCUUUCUCGACUAUCUGUCUCCUUCUGUCUCUCUGGGAGUCUAUCGGUUGCCCGAUCCGAUGCCUUGAUGAAUUCGAUGUCUUCAUGGACGCUGUCAAUCGCCGAAUCAGUAUGAAGAUGAUGAUUGACACUGCGAACGCGUCCGACAGCAAGCAGUACGUGUUGAUCACGCCGCAGGACAUGACCAACAUCGUCAUUGGGAACACUGUUCGCGUGCACCGUAUGACGGAUCCCGAGCGUGGACAAGGCGUGCUGGCAUUCUCUUGAGUCCUGUCUGUGUAUGUUCAGGACGUAUUUGUCAGAUAAUUCGUGCUAGAGCUGCUAAUGUGUUUCAUUUCUCUUGCAUGUACGAUAGGUAUCAUCGGUCUACUUGCGUCGUAGUGUAUCGUUUCUAGCAGAUUGCUUGAUAAUCGUAGUUCAGAACCAGUGCUGGUACUACCUCUUAAUCCAAUUGCGCACUCGCUUAUGAGCCCGUCCACCAUGCGAG